GUUACAUUCGCGCUCACAGUCACUCUUUACAGUGUGUUACCACACGUCCUCUCAUUAGAACUUGCCUUUCCGCAUUGGAUUUACUACAUCGACUACUUACAGCCAAGAUCAUCAUUGCUUUACCGCUUUCGAACCGCCUGUUAUACGUUUGAUUACCAGACGAGGAUCCCGACAACCACUUCACCAAGUGAUCAUCACGCUCAGUACGAGUCAACGCAGCCGGUGCUUUCGAACUUUCUUUACUAUACCCAUAAGUCAUAAUGUCGAACUGGUUUGGCGACCUCCAGUUGGCGUACAAGUACAUUGUCGUCUUCUUGUCUCUUCUGGCCCUGGUGAUGCUGGCUGGGUUUAUCAAGGUUUUCUUUGACCGCAGGAAGUUGAACGCGUUCGUGAAGAAGGAUGAGGAGACUGCGGCUACCAGGGAAGACACAGUAGAGCUCAACCAGCGCGAGAAGGACGAGGGCGACCUCUUCGGUAUCCGUGCCAUCGAGGCUGGCUUCUACGCUGGCGUUGCACAGUCGCGGCCAACCUCGAGAGCUGGAUCGAUCGUCGGGCACCCCAACAUGAGCUCGUCGACGCUCGUCGCCAACCCCAACUCGCCUCUGCUGAAGCCGCACCCGAACGGAGGAAGCACAGUCAGCCUGUCGCUGGGGAAGAACAGCAACCGUGACUCGGAGACGCUCCCAGACCGUAGGCAAUCCCCUCCUCACAUGAAACUGCGACCGUCCGAGGCUGAACUCAGCGGAAGGCAUAACCCUUACGACGCCUCAGUAGACAUGUCACUGAGCGUCCCCCCCUCUCCCGGCUUCCGCACCCAGCCCACCACCUUCGGCGGGCCCGACAGCGACAACGACACCGCCACCUCGCCCCGCUCCGCUGACUUCAACCCGCACUCCUACUCGCCCGCGCCCUCGAUCUCCAUGCCCGACGCCCUGCGCGUCUCGCACGCCGACGCAUCCACCCGGGCCGCGUCUGAGCACCCCGGCCACGCCACGCCUCCCUCCCCCGGCCACGCCCCCACCACGGGGCUCCCCCUGCUGCCCGCCUCCGCAAGGAACGCACGCACGCCUGAGAUCCGCGUCGACGAGCCGGGUAGGUAGCCAGAUUGAGG